AUGGUUGUGGACAUUGCAGCUAUGACCUGGGAUGAUUUUAAAACUCGGUUCAAUGACAAAUACUUUCCACAAUCAGUGAAGGAGAAGAAGGCAACUGAGUUCAUGCAGCUGGAACAGAAUAAUGAUAUGUCAGUCAGUGAGUACGAGAGGAAGUUUACAGAGCUAUCCCGAUUCGCUCCUCACAUUAUUGCGAACGAGUUACACAAAGUCAGAAAGUUUGAGCGGGGGUUGAUCUCUCAUGUGAAGAAGUUUGUGGUGGGUCAUCGUUUUGACACUUAUGCCAAAGUGGUGGAAUGUGCCAUGGCAGUAGAGGAGAACAAUAACAUUGCCUUUCAGAAACAGAAGGAGCGUAGGAAUCAGAGGGGCCAGCAGCAACAGACUCAGAGAAACUGGCAGGGUCAGUCUUGGCAGAGAGGUAGACAAGAUUGGCGAGCAGAGAAACGGCAGAGAGUGGGUGAAGGUGAACAAUCCACAGCUAUAGUACCAGCCAUACCUAAUGAUGCACAGCCAUAUCAGUUCAGCGGGCACUGCUACAAUUGUCGUGAGCAAGGAUACUUGGCUCGUAAUUGUCCCAAGCCUCACAAGAAUAACCAGCAGAAAGGUCAGGCACCACAGCAGAAAGGAGGUGCAAGGGUUUAUGCAGUUGUUCCAGAUGGGAGACAGGACCAUGCACCACCAGCAGUGGAAGGUACAUUUACUAUUUAUGGCAGUAUAGCUAGAAUACUAUUUGAUUCAGGUUCUUCAUAUUCUUUUAUUGCAUUAUCAUUUGUGGACACACUGGGAUUAGAACUUGGACAUAUGAGUAAUGCCCUAUCUAUCACAACUCCACUCGGGAGCGCGACGACACUUGAUAGAAUAUGUUGUGCUUGUCUUAUUACAAUUGGGGAGUUGGAGUAUCCUAUUGAUUUGAUAGUAUUACGGAUGAGAGACUUUGAUGCUAUAUUGGGUAUGGAUUGGUUGGCUAGAUAUCAUGCUUAG